AUUUUAUUUUUAUGAKAAUUGUCCGCAAUAGUUGUGCACACUAACAUUUCAAAUAAAAAUGACUUUAAAAUGACCUGCUUGUCACAUUGGACUACAGAAUUGUCAGAAGAAACACCUGCAAGUUAAGACAUUGAAUCGCGGCAGAAUUAGACUCUAAAAAUCCAUACAUCACUUUAAGAAGACUGAGGAAUUCCUAUUCAUUCAACCCGGACAUUCUCAGCACAGCACAGAAUACUUAUUUAAGAACAAUUAUAUUACAAUGAUUUGAACCACAUCACAUAAAAGGGAAUUACUAUAACGUCAUAACUCCCGCAAUGUUUUAAUUAAAUGGACCAAAGAAGCCUUGUCUUGUACACCGAUGACUAUACUCAAAUCUCAUACGAAUAUCAACGCGAAACUGUGGAUAACAGAAAAGACUGCUUUGGUGGUAAAAAAGCGUCAAACACCCAUAGYGAUCUCACUUUUAUUACAGAAGUAGGGAGUGUUGAAAGCGGCRACAUACGACAUUUUCUAGAGAGCCCCAAGUGGCCUUCAAACUUAUUCAAGUACAGAUUCUUGGCGAAGUGAGACAGAUUGUGAGAGGAACAAUUAUAUUUGUAAUUGUGCCACGUCUGUUAACUGUUCUCCGUAUUCCAGAGUUCGACAGGAGGUUCAAAAUUAAUAGGAGAUGUUUCGGUGAUCAAUUAAAGUCAUUUAAGCGUCAAAUGAAAAUGAAAUAGAACAAUAGCAAAAGGAGUAAAUUGUUCCCACUGAAAAGAUCCAUGAACGAGUCUACUCUUCGCUCAGUUGAAGAUUGCAAACAGUAUCUCGAAUAUUAUCCAAGAUCUGUUGACAAAAUGAACUCAGAAUGGCAAGUAUUAAUAUCAAAAUCGACUUGUUUCAUAAGAUAGACGCCGAUUAAAGUUGAUCGGRGCGUCAAUCAAACAGCAAUAAUUAAAUAGACAAUUUUUAUAGAGAUUUUGUGGAACUACAAGUAACACUUUGAAGCGACCAUGGAAUGGAGAACUGCUCUUAAUACAAGUAACAAUUCAUUCUCCCAAACAUCACAAGAAGGAUGUUUUUACUUCGAAGUCAACUUAAGCACCGAAAGCUACUGGGAAAUUAUACAUACAAUCACAGCUGCUAUAAAUAGUAUAUUUGCCAUUUCUUCUGUUCUUGGUAAUUCACUAAUCCUUUAUGUUAUCUGGAAGAAUCCUUCAUUGCACAAUCCAUCCAAUACUCUACUGGGCUGUUUGGCCUUCUCGGACUUUUUCGUGGGUUUUUUAGCACAACCAGCUUUUGUUGCGCACAAAAUCGGCGAGCUAACAUCGAACUUUCCACUAUACUGUAAAACCAGAGUUGCAACCGAAACAGUUGGAAUGAUCACAUCUGGCGUUUCAAUCCUCACUCUAGCAGCAAUAAGUAUUGAAAGAUAUCUUGCUCUUAAGUUAAACUUACGCUACAAGGCACUUGUAACUAUCUCAAGGAUGCUUUAUACUGUUGGUAGUUUUUGGGUGAUAAUGAGCUUAGUUACUGCGUUGAAAAUUCUACCGAACAUGAAGACGGCCUCGGACACGAUCAUAUUUGCUAUACUUGUGGCAUCUUUUAUUCUCAUUCUAGUUUCUUAUGCCAAGAUUUUACGCUGCGUCAUUCGACACCAGAACGCCAUCAACUCCGAGCAAGUCUUCGUACAAUCGGAAAGAAACAUUGAGGAUUUAAAAGAUGAAAAAACAGAAAAAGUACAGCGCACUUUCAGCCUUCUUCGUUACAAGAAGUCAACAAUUUCCAUGGCUUACAUCUUGGGGUUUUACCUCAUUUUCUACAUGCCGUUUAUAGUGACUCUAGUUGCGAAAAAGUUCGUUGGCUACACAAGGGUAAUCAAAGCGUCGUACGUUUGCACUUCGACUUUGGUUUUUCUGAAUUCUUCAGUGAAUCCAGUUAUCUACUGUUGGAGGAUGUCGGAUAUAAGGAGUGCUGCGAAAAAAACUUUGAGAAAACUUCGUUGUUCAAAAGCUCAAGAAAUAGAGGUCGCGGCUAACGGAAUCAYCGGAAGUGUUGCACCAUAUUCUGCUUUUAAUCGCAACAUCAGUGUUAAUAUCUCUAUCAUGUGACAGACGGACAAC